UUUAAUAAUUUCUCCAAUAACAACAAAUGGAAACGUCAUUUGUUUUGGACCACUUUUCGGACAUCAAUUAUGAUCGGAGACUAGAUACAUACAUGUUGAUAAAGAUCUCGAAAUGAAUAAAGAUGAUUAUCGCAUUAAGGCUAGCUUGAUUCUAAACAAGAUUCGAGCACAACAACGAGAGAUACGCGAUGUUCCUUGUGAUACCAAUCAUAGCAUAUCGCAAAAUAUGCGAGAGGAAGAAGCGAUAUUGUAUCUGAAAGAAAAGAGGAUUCUUGAUAUUGUCGAUUUUUUGAUGAGCGAUCUUUUGGUGCACCGACCCUACGAUCCUUUCGAAUAUCUGACCCAACUUCUAGAUAAAUGCAUCUUGUCUCGAGACGGUCUCGUUGAUCCUCCUUCCUCUUUUUUCCUUUACGGAUAUGAUAAGGCGAGCUAAAUAAACGGUCACAAAGAUAAAUUGAUCUAGCCAUGGUGUCAGAUUUAAUGAUGAACAAAGGAUGUGACGAGUGGAUGAGGAAAUUUUAAACAAAGUUAAGAAAACGAAAUUUUUGUGAUCCGUUGAUAAGACAAUUUUUUUUCGAUGCAUGAUUUCAUUAAUAACGAUGUAAGAGAUUAUAUGAAAUAUACACAUGCAAUGUAAAUUAAA